GUCGGCGGGGUCGGAAGCGGGCGGUGGCGACGUGGGUCGUGGCGGAGCGGCGGCGGGGCGCGGGGGGCUGCCGCCGGCAUGGAGGGGCUGUACCACCACACCAACAAGCAAGUCCAUGAGGUCCAGUCUUACAUGGGGCGCCUGGAGACUUCAGACAAAGAGUCAGUACACUUGGUAGAAAAUGAAAUUCAGGCAAGAAUAGACAAUAUAUUCAGCAACUUGGAACGUCUGGAAAUCCUGUCCAGCAAAGAGCCUCCCAAUAAGCGACAGAAUGCUAAACUCCGAGUUGACCAGCUCAAGUAUGAUGUUCAGCACCUGCAGACAGCUCUGAGGAACUUCCAACAUCGCCGUUAUAUCCGGGAGCAGCAGGAGCGACAGCGAGAGGAGUUGCUUGCACGUACAUUCACUACUAAUGACUCUGACACCACCAUACCGAUCGACGAAACAUUACAGUUUAAUGAAUCCCUCCAGAAUGCCCAUCGUGGCAUGGAUGAUCUUAUUGGCAGUGGGACCAACAUCCUUCAGGGCCUGAGGGACCAGAGAGUGACAUUAAAGGGUACUCACAAGAAGAUCCUGGAUGUGGCCAACAUGUUGGGCUUAUCCAACACAGUGAUGCGGCUGAUCGAGAAGCGAGCCUUUCAAGAUAAAUACUUCAUGAUUGGGGGAAUGAUUCUGACUUGUGUCAUUAUGUUUCUUGUCGUGCAGUAUCUGACAUGAGCUACUGAACUAUUAUCAGAGGAGAUGGUCUUCUGGAGCAAGAUGGACUGUCCUCCAAACUAUAUUUUCCUUUGAGUGCUGCUUUGGAUAAGCCCCUCCUGUGAACUCGUGUUCACAAAUCACACUCACGUGGGAAGCACGUAGGAAAACAAAUUUCUCUGGGGACACUGUAGUUGAGAAUGGCCCUAUAAAAAAUAACCCCAGCCCUUCCUGCUCUCACCAUAUUGUCUGCAAGUUUAAGAAUCUGUUAAGUAGGAAGCAGAAGUGAAAAUUUUACCCAGCUGUAUUGCAAGGUCCUUUGGGGUAGGGAUAGGUAGGGAUAAGAGGAUUCAAAGGCAGAGCAUAAGAUGUAGUGAGCCUUUCCUGUGCUAGCUAGAAGUGACCCUGAUCACUGUAUUUUGCCAUUGAAAGAAUGCCUCUGAGGAGAAUGUGCAUCACUUGUGGCGUGCUCCUGGGGAGCCAGUGUGCAGAAAGGUGGGAAGUAAAGGAUUCCCAUCUGCAAACUCACUAUUUUGCUGGAGGGAGAAGGAUUUGUGGGGAAGGGUUUUAAAGCACGGUUAUAACCUCAGCUAACUUUUUUUUUACACAUACAGUAUUAACCAGCUCAAACAUUGCUGUUUUAGGCUGAAAUGCUUCUCACUGAGGUAUGUUCUGGUACCUUUUUAUGCCCCGCUGCUUCCCAGUGGAAGCUGAAUGUUGUACUGCCUGCUUUCAGCCAGAUGCACAUCAAGCCUGUGUCAUCCCACUGUGCCUAGUACCAAAUCCAGCCUCUAAGACAUUUUUAAUACUAGUGCACAUCACGUUUUGGUGAGUUGUAUUCACUUUCUGAGGUGGUUGGUUGGGGUUUUGUGCUCUGUGGCUGGUAUUUGUUGAGUCUAUGAAGCAGGCAAGUCCUCACUGUGCUUAGAUUGAGGUUUCUGAUUUUUAUGUUCAUAGAGAUGGAAUGGGCUCUCUGUGCUGUUCAGAAUAACAGUGAGAUCAGGGCAACAGACCAUUCACUUAAAAUGAGUUGUGUCAAAAGAGUUUCCUGAAGUUACGUGCCUUGGGAUGGUAAAAACAUCCCUCGUGCUUGGGAAGGGUGUUCUUUGUGUUACCCUUUGUACCUGCAGAAUUACUGUGAAAGAUUCUCAUAGACAUCAUCUCACGGAGGUGGUGACAGCCAGCUUAGACGUAUCUCCUCAGUUGUAGGUAUCUACCCACAUUUACAGUCACAGUUAUAAAAUGCCUCAUUGUUUAAAUGUGGCACUUUCACUGCAGACUUGGGGGGGGCUCCAUUGGAAUGGCCUUCCUGAGAUUUUGGGCAUCAUUCAUUUCAAUCAGCCUUCAGAUACAUUCCCAUCCCAAUGUGUUUACAAGUCUGGAGCAUUUCCAGAUGUCCAGCAGUGGCACAGAAGGGUCAUAUUCAGAUGAUGUGGCAUAACGAUGGCAAUUCCUUGGUUUUUUUGUGUCUGGAGUGGUUGUGGGUCUCUUACUUAGUAACAGAUUACGAGUUCUGCAUUCUGUCUUUGCUGCAAUAAGCUUUGCUUUUAUUAUGUAGUUUGGAGAAAUGGUAUUAAUAACUGUACAAAGUGAAUUUGGGUUAAUAUGGGCAAGUGAAGCAGGAUUUAGCUGUUGUUUAUGUAGCUUGUUUACAGCUGCCUAACCGAAGUACUGACUGACCUAUGUGCUGUGGUGUAGCUUUAUGCCCAGAUGAGAGAACCCAGUUUGAUCUGCUGUUAUAGGCCAGUCAGCUUCAUACUUGGAACGCAGGGUGGGAGAAGAGCCAGGGCUCAGAGCACUAGCUGGUUGCUGCAGAUGCAGGAGUGGAGGCCAAGCUGCCCUCAGUGCCUAGAUAAAUCUCUCAAAUGGUUCAGCAGAAGAAAGCCUCAAUGCUUGUUAAAUAUCCAGUGUGCAGCACACCUUCUGGUUGUCCAUUUUGUGCUUCUCGAUGUGUUUGGUGCUUCUGAAGUGUUCUGUGCUCUGUGUUCCUCAGUCCACCAGGCCUUCCCAAGGAAACACGUUAGCAGACCAAGUACAGUCAUUUGAGGGACGAGAGAAUUAAAAGGAGAAGAAGUCUGCAGUGAUAAAUCACCUGCCUUGCUGUAUCUUUAAGCUAAAUCCUAAAUCUAAAUUAACCUUACAUUUAUUUUAAAUCUGAAACCUGAUAGAUUCAGCAUACUGUGCACUUGAGAGAUCCUCUUCUCUGAGAUCAGUUGGGCACCUUGAAAGGGAUCCUUGGCACAUCUUUUUGUUCCGAUAAACUGGUCCAAUUCCACCUUGAUUUUACAACUUCAUGGUUUGACUUUCAAAGAACGUCCUCUGAUGGUGUUUCAAGUUCAAAUAGUUGUGACCUGAUGUAGCAGGAUUUGUCUUACACCAAGGUGGGACUUCAGCCAAUUUGUUUCCUAUUUUUGGCUUGUGGUAGGAGCCAUAAAAUAAUUGGAACUGGAUUUUUUGUUUUCUGUUUUUGAAACUAGGUUGGCAUUUUAAUACAUUUCUCUGUUUAUUUUGCCAUUUUAGAGUCUCUAUGUUCUCAUGUAGGGUAGUUUCCCCUUUGUAAGCAAAGUGUCCUUGCUAUUCACUGUCUAGAGGUGAGUUGUGGGGCUUGAAGGAACUACCUGGGUAACUGGAUUUGAUGACUUAAACAGAUCUGUACUACAUGUUAAGUCCAAAAUGAUGUACAAGAGCAUCUGUGCUGUCUCAGACAUGUAAAACCCUCAAAGCCUGUCAGUUCUUGCUACAGCAGGUAGCAAGGUAGGCUCAGGAUUCCUGCUAACGUGAAAUGAGACAGAGCUGAAACCCUCAUGUCUUUACAGAUGUUGCUGCUGCAGCUCUCUGUAGUUUCCUUUCUUACUAAAGACCGCAUUUCCCUCAACAGAGCUGCUUUGCUUCUCAACUUGUGUGGCAUGGCAAGUGUCCCAGCUGUUGGAUGAACUGUUCUUAUGAGAGGACACUGUGGAAAUUAACUUGCCUCUGGAAAAAAACCCUUUUUACCAGUAUUUUAUACAUGAAGGGGCAAGGGUGGGACAUGAUGUGAUUCAUGUGAUGUGAAUAAAGAUUAUUUUUUUUUCAACCAAA